AUGAGCGUGGAGCUCCGUGUGGGCAACCGCUUCCGCAUCGGCCAGAAGAUUGGGGCGGGCUCGUUCGGCGAGAUCUUCCGCGGGACAAACAUUCAGACCGGCGAGCCCGUGGCCAUCAAGCUGGAGCAGGUGAAGACGCGGCACCCACAGCUCGCCUUCGAGGCCCGAUUCUACCGCAUCCUCAACGCUGGCGGCGGGGUCGUGGGCAUCCCCAACAUUUUGUUCUACGGCGUGGAGGGCGAGUUCAACGUGAUGGUGAUGGACCUGCUGGGGCCCUCACUCGAGGACCUGUUCAGCUUCUGCGACAGGAAACUCUCGCUGAAGACCACGCUGCUGCUGGCCGAGCAAAUGAUUGCGCGCAUCGAGUUCGUCCACAGCAAGAGCGUCAUCCACCGCGACAUUAAGCCUGACAACUUUCUGAUGGGCACCGGGAAGAAGGGGCACCACGUCUACAUUGUCGACUUUGGCCUCGCCAAGAGGUAUCGGGACCCCCGCACGCACCAGCACAUUCCGUACAAGGAGGGGAAGAGUCUGACUGGGACGGCGCGGUACUGCUCGAUCAACACGCACAUCGGCAUCGAGCAGAGCCGUCGUGACGACCUGGAAGGCAUCGGCUACGUUCUGAUG